AGCCUUAGUGAAAGACAGAGGAGAGAGAGAGUAAAGAGGUUUUUUCAUGGCGGUAGCAAAUAAUAGAAGCAAAUUUUUGGACUUAGAGUUGGGGAGUAACGAGUCGAAAUCGUGGUUUGAUCAUACAGAUACAGUUGGUAAAGAUGAAGAAGACGACUUAGUUUGGGCCGCCAUUGAGCGACUUCCGUCUGUUAAACGUUUGAACUUCGCUCUUCUUCGAGAUAAUGGCGAAGGAAGAUACAAAGUGUCCGCCAUUGACGUUACAAAGCUUGAUCAGAAUCAACGAGAGUUAGUUGUUCAGAAGGCUCUUGAUACUUCUGAACAAGACAACUAUAAACUUGUUUCCGGUGUAAAACAACGCUUUCGAAGAUAUUAUCUUCAUCGUCAAGCUUUAUUUGUUUGCUUUUCUUUUAGGAUAAUAAGUUUUGCCAAUUUUAGGAGCUGCCGAAGCCCGAAAGUAGAAGUGAGGUUCGAGAAAUUAAAUAUUACAGCGGAAGUUCAGACGGGUAAAAGAGCUUUGCCUACACUGAUAAAUUAUGCUCGUGAUAAGAUUGAGGGUCUCUUCAAACUUCUGAGGUUAUCUAGCCCUGAAAGACAUUCAUUGACUAUCUUGAAUAAUGUCAGUGGAUAUCUCAAACCUGGGAGGAUGACAUUGCUUCUGGGACCUCCUGGAUCAGGAAAAUCCACUUUGUUGCUUGCCCUUGCAGGGAAGCUUGAGGAUAACCUAAAGAGGAGUGGCACAAUUACAUACAAUGGCCAUGAACUGGGUGAUUUUGCCGUGGAAGGAACUUCAGCCUACGUAAGUCAAACAGAUGAUCACAUUGCCGAGCUAACAGUGAGAGAAGCUUUCGAUUUUGCUGCUAGAUGUCAAGGCGCAAGCGAAUCUUUUUCAGGAUAUAUGGAGGAAAUUGACCGAUUAGAGAAACAAACAAAAAUACGUCCAAGUCCAGAAAUUGAUGCAUUUAUGAAGGCAUUAUCAGUUGCUGGAAGAAGGCACAGCAUUUCAACAGACUACCUUCUCAAAGUUCUUGGCCUUGAUAUAUGCGCUGAUACAGCUGUUGGUAACGACAUGAAUCGAGGGGUUUCAGGUGGUCAAAGAAAGAGAGUAACUUCAGGAGAAAUGAUUGUGGGGCCUAAGAAAACUCUCUUCAUGGAUGAAAUUUCAACUGGAUUAGAUAGUUCAACUACAUUCCAGAUAGUUAAAUGCAUAGGGAACUUCGUGCACCAGAUGGAAGGAACUGUACUCAUGUCUCUUCUUCAGCCAGCACCUGAAACAUUUGAACUCUUUGAUGAUUUGAUGUUGUUAUCUGAAGGGAAUAUUGUCUAUCAUGGUCCUCGAGAAGAAGUGUUACAAUUCUUUGAAUCAAUAGGUUUUCGGUUGCCCCCUCGUAAGGGUGUCGCAGACUUUUUACAAGAGGUUACCUCACAAAAGGAUCAAGAGCAAUAUUGGGCAGAUUCUUCAAAACCUUAUCAAUUUGUUUCCUCUCAAGAAAUUGCUGAAGCAUUCAGAAAUUCUAGAUUUGGGAGAACAGUUGGAUAUACUCUAUCUAUUCCAUAUGACAAAUCCUGGAGAUGGAGUCAUCCUUUAGCUCUAUCCAAAACAAUGUUUGCUGUACCAAAAUGGGAGCUUUUUAAGGCUUGUUUUUCACGAGAAAUUUUACUAAUCCGCAGGCAUAGUUUCCUGUAUAUAUUCCGAACCUGUCAAGUCGCAUUCGUGGGAUUUAUCACUGGGACAACUUUCCUGCGGACAAGGCUACAUGCUACAGAUGUGACUUAUGGAAAUCUCUAUCUUAACUGCCUUUUCUAUGGGGUUGUACAUAUGAUUAAUGGACUUUCAGAGCUGUCUCUCAUGAUAACUCGACUCCCCGUCUUUUACAAGCAAAGAGACAAUUGCUUCUAUCCUGCUUGGGCAUGGUCACUUUCGAGCUGGCUUCUGCGUGUGCCAUAUUCUGUCCUUGAAUCUGUUGUUUGGACAUGCGUUGUGUAUUACACAGUUGGAUUUGCUCCUGCAACUGAAAGAUUUUUCCGUUUUAUGCUGCUGCUAUUUAUAAUCCACCAAAUGGCAUUGGGUCUCUUCCGGAUGAUAGCUACACUAGCAAGAGAUAUGGUCAUUGCCAAUACUUGUUCUUCAUUUGUACUCCUUGUUGUGCUCUGUUUGGGUGGCUUUAUUCUUCCAAAAGAUAUGAUUAAGCCCUGGUGGAGUUGGGCAUAUUGGGUGUCACCCCUAUCCUAUGCUCAAAGUGCAAUUUCUGUAAAUGAAUUUACUGCCACUAGAUGGAUGCAGUCCUCAGGAAACGCUACAGCUACAGUUGGGGUGAAUGUCCUCAACAUACAUGAUAUACCAACUGAUGGUGGUUGGUACUGGAUUGGUAUUGCUGCUCUGUUACUGUAUGCACUUGUUUUCAACAACAUAGUUACACUAGCCUUGACCUACCUGAAACCUCUAAAGAAAGCCCAAACUGUGAUCCUAGCUGACGCUUCAGACAAUGGCAAAGAUAAGGUGUCCAUAUCUAAUGGAGUUUGCUCCAACAUGGGGUCAACGAAGGGAAUGAUUCUUCCAUUUCAACCACUGAGUAUGACAUUUCAUAAUGUCAAUUACUUUGUUGACAUGCCAAAAGCUAUGAAGGCAAAAGGUCUACCAGAAAAGAAGUUGCAGCUGCUGUCAAAUCUGAGUGGAGUUUUCUCUCCAGGAGUUCUUACUGCAUUAGUUGGAUCAAGUGGAGCAGGAAAAACCACUUUGAUGGAUGUGCUUGCUGGCAGAAAAACAGGCGGAUACAUAGAAGGAGACAUUAGGAUUUCAGGUUAUCCUAAAGUGCAACAAACUUUUGCCAGGAUAUCAGGAUAUGUUGAGCAGACUGAUAUACAUUCUCCUCAAGUAACAGUGGAGGAGUCUCUCUGGUUCUCUUCUUCGCUUCGCCUUCCAAAAGAAAUCAGUAAAGAAACCAAAAAAGAGUUUGUUAAUGAAGUCAUGAGGCUUGUAGAGCUUGAUAAUCUUAAAGACGCUUUGGUGGGAUUGUCUGGGACUACUGGCCUAUCAACAGAGCAAAGGAAAAGACUGACCAUUGGAGUAGAGCUUGUUGCAAAUCCUUCAAUAAUCUUCAUGGAUGAACCGACAUCAGGUCUUGAUGCACGAGCAGCAGCUAUAGUGAUGAGAACAGUUCGUAAUACUGUUGAUACAGGUCGAACAGUGGUCUGCACUAUACAUCAACCAAGCAUUGAUAUAUUUGAAGCAUUUGAUGAGUUGCUUCUUAUGAAACGUGGUGGGCAAGUUAUAUAUGGAGGAAAGCUUGGAGUUCACUCUUGCAUUAUGACAGACUUUUUUUAGGGAAUAAGUGGAAUCCCUCCAAUUCCUAAUGGCUAUAAUCCUGCAACUUGGAUGCUUGAGGUCACCACCAAUGCCAUUGAAGAGAGAUUUAGCCAAGACUUCGCCACCAUUUACAGAAAUUCUGAUCAGUUCAGAAUCUCAGAUCACACAAUUGAGUACACAACUACACCGCCAACUGGAUCAAAGGCAUUACAUUUUGAUACGACAUUCUCUCAAGAUUUCAUAUCACAGUUUUGCUGUCUUAGAAAACAACUUCUUGUUUAUUGGAGAUCUCCACAAUACAAUGCUGUGAGAUUCCUUUUCACGGCAGUGUGUGCAGUCGUACUUGGCUCUAUAUUUUGGGAUGUUGGCUUAAAACGGGAUUCAAUCAUCAACUUGUUUACAAUCAUGGGAGCCCUUCAUAGUGCAUGUUUGUUCUUGGGGGUCAGCAAUGCUUCUUCUGUACAACCAGUAGUUUCCAUUGAGAGAUCAGUUUUCUAUAGAGAAAAGUCUGCUGGAAUGUACUCUCCAUACGCUUAUGCCGCUGCUCAGGCUCUUGUAGAAGUUCCAUAUAUUGGAGUACAAACAUUGACCUACGGCAUCAUCACCUAUUUCAUGAUUGGUUUUGAAAUGACGUUAAGGAAAUUUGUACUUUAUCUACUCUUCACGUUCCUUACUUUCACUUAUUUCACCUUCUACGGAAUGAUGGUUGUUGGCAUCACGUCUACACAGCAUAUGGCAGCCGUCUUAUCUUCUACAUUUUACUCGCUUUGGAAUCUUUUUUCGGGUUUCCUUAUUCCGCAGAGUUAUAUCCCUGGCUGGUGGAUUUGGUUCUAUUACGUGUGCCCGGUAGCAUGGACAUUGCGUGGUAUAAUUUCAUCUCAACUUGGUCAUGUUGACACCAUCAUCGUUGGAGAAGGAUUUACAGGCUCGGUCAAAGAGUAUUUGCAUCUCCACUACGGAUUUAGCUCUGGAGAGAUCGGUGUAUCAGCUGUGGUUCUUAUUGGUUUCAUUAUCCUGUUUUUCGGCGUCUUCCUGGCUUCUAUCAGAUUCCUUAACUUCCAAAGAAGAUGAGGAAAUACCGUUCUUUUCCAAGUGCAAAGUCAGCUAGCUUUAGGACAGAAUUUUGCUUCCAUCAGUGCUUUUGUAACUCCCUAUAAACUUUUAUAAAGAUUGUUACUCACUUAUUUGUAUAUAGUGUCAGGCAGCGAUCUGAGUUUGUACACAAUUAUAAGUACAGCAGGUUUAUGCCUAAAAGAAACGCUUUACACAUGAAGUAUGUAGCCAUUCAAACAUCAAUGAAAGGAAAAUUUUGCUA